AUGCAGGCGCCUGAGAAUGGUCCGGAGGGAGACGAUGUAGAUAACCGUGCAGGAGGUGGCCCUGUGCACCCUACAUUCAUGGGAGGAGGGGAAGGUCCGGGAGAAGAAGUUGCCAAUGGCGGGGAACAUCUGCAAGGCCAGGGAGAAGGGCAGGAACCAGGGGCGGGUGGAGACGCCUCAGCCGCAGCCGGAGUCAAUGAGCAGGAACCACUGGAGUUCCGCCUAACGGUGCCUUUGCGUUAUUCGGUGAACGCCGAGAUUGCUUACUGGCUGCUGGAUCCAAUAGCUCGGUCUCUUCAAGAAGAAAUUCACAUGGAGAUCACCAUAGAUGGCAGUGAGUUGAAUAUCCGUUUCACUUCAGAAAAUUCCCACCUUCUGGAAUUUGCUACUGCCGCCUAUGACUUGCUGCACCAGGUCUCCAUGGUGUUUCUGACAUUUGAGGAUUUGGAGACCUAG